AACCGGGAAGGCCUGGCCUGCUUUCCCAAAUUUUCGCUCGGAAUGCAAAAGAUGAAGAAACUAUUCUCACAACCCGUGGAUGAUUGAGUUGAUUGUUCCGGACGGAAGUUUCUUGAUUUGCUGGCCACAAUGACUAUCGCAGCUGUUGCCGCUCUUCUACCCACAGAUGUUGUCAAGACCGGGGAAUCCAUCUCCUUGGAUUGGAACAACAUGCUGUCCUUGAGCGACAACGUGAAAGGAUGCUUGGUUGAAGCAACAGAGGAAAAGAAACAGGAAAUCAAGGAAGACGAAGAGAAACUCUCGCCGAAAGAUGUCGCUUUAGGGAGGCAGGAAUGUUGUGCCUUUAUGCGAGUCCACGACAUGGAUAUUCCGAAAGAACUCCAGAUGAACGGAAGGGAUGUCGCCUCUUUGACUCUUCAUCGAGCCAUGCAUUCACAAGCGGGACGGCGGGGCCCCGAGAGGAAUGCUACUGCGUCCAUGUUUUUCGUGGACAUGGAUCUCAAGUUAAUUCUGGACCAGCUUGUGCAACUUGGCCUUGCGGAAGCUACUGAGGACAGUUCACGGUAUAGUCCUGGACGCGAAACCGCCAACGCCUUGAAGCGACGAUCGAUUCAAGUAGAUCCAAACUGGCCUGUUCGUCCCUGGCAUGCAGCGAAUCCCCGAAAUCUAAGGGAAGUUUUGAUCUGGAAUGGAAUGGUGCGCCGUGGAGCCCAGGGCUUUGGCAAUGAAUGGCCCAUUGUCAAGGCACGUGGAAUCAUCCCUGCUCCUCCGCGCAACGUGGCUGAAUUCUUGUGGGAUUCCAAGAAUGUACACAAAUACAACAAUAUGAGUCAAGGACGUCGCGAUGGCAUUAUCUUUCAAGAGGGGAUCGAUACCCCUGCAAAUGAGUCGAUCUACGGGUUUCCAGGGAGUGCCAAGGUUUUCAAGAGUUACAACAAGAUCAAGAUGGUUCCUCGCACUGUAGAACUUGUUUCCAUCUUGCACGCCAGGGCCUUGGAACCACCGCUGGCAGCUCCAGGGACCUACAUCAUUGUCAAUCGAUCCAUUUGGGAGAGUGACAUGGGACAGCAAGAGCGCCGCACAAACGCGAACGACAACAACCAACUGAUCCGAAGUGAAAUCUUGUUGGGAGUUCAGCUCUUGAGACCAUUGAACGGGGGUAAGGCUUGCGAAAUCACCACAAUUGCUCAUGCCGUUGCCCCUGGUGUCAACAAGAUGGUUGCCAAGGCAGCUGCGAACGUUUCUGCAGCCAAGAUUCUUCGUGAUAUUCAGGCGCAUGCUUCACAGAUGUAGUAGGGCUUCCAUUUGCAGGAGGACCAAGCAUGUUGCUUAUCAAGAACAAUAUUGUUCAUAGCGCAAUUUUGAGCCUAGAGCGAGAUGUUAACAUCAUUAUUAGUCUAGUAAACUAGCAGGUAUCUUCUCACCAAG